AUGCACGAGGGAGACACAUCACAAGUUGGGUCUUUAAUAUCAGCCACGCUGGAAUUAGCACCGGAUGCCCUCGCUGCCGAUUCCUCCGACAUCGUACGUGUCCGGGAGGGUGCGGCCCGGCCACUGAUAGCCCUUUCUUCUGCUCGCCACAUGCUCCCCUUGGACAUGGGCCAUUCCUUGGACGAUUCUCCGCCGCACGCGUCGGGGGCCACCCUAGUCAUGGCUCAACAACACGCCCAAGGCCGUGACCAGAAGCCCAAGACCCUGCCUUGCAAGUACUGCAACAAGCGGUUUAGACGUGUAGAGCAUGUGCAGCGACAUGAACGGACCCAUACCAAAGAAAAGCCCUUUGGCUGCGGCUGGGAUCGAUGUGGGAAGACUUUCGGACGGCGUACUGCUUCCUCUACCAUCACUGCCAUUGACACCACCACUCCACCGUUUCCCCUUUCACUCCCCAAUCUCGAUCUUCUCGUCAGGCACGAGAAGUUGGUUCACCUUACGGAAGGCAGCAAGGAAAGCAGUCGGCCGAGAAAACCCUCCUCGGCAGCCUCCCACAAACCUUCCCUGCCGAGCAACCAAGGGGAACCGGAGACCGGCGGCGCACAGCAUGCCGCUGCACGACCGAGACAAGCACUUGCGCAACAGCAGCAACAUCAACACCAACAUCUGCACCAACACCAACAUCACCAGAAUCAGCAUAGGCAUCAGCAACCGCAGCAGCACCCGCAACAUUACCACCAUGGCCCGGUUCAUGCUCAUGUGGAACCCGAUGCCGGACAGCAGGACCCACGAGGAACGCCAAGAUCGGUUGCUUGCAACCUCGACGUCCUGUCCAACGCAGCGUUGGCGACGGAGGAUCAGAUGGCGCCGAUGAUGAACGACAUGUCGCAACACCAUGCCCGAGAAGAUCAGCAGCAACUCCUGUCGUCGGCGUUUGCACCACCUCAGCCGCCGCAGCCGCCGCAGCCAAUGUACGACGACUACAACUUCUUCCUCGACGACUUCACCGCGACGCCCCAUCUCCUCCCGCCGCACUUUGAGCCGGAUCAACAAGUGGCCAUAUGGUCUCGCUCGCCGGCCCACGUGCACCAGCGAACCGGCUCGAGACCCUCCUCCCAGUUUCCCUCCCGCUUUGCCUCGCUCGGCCCGGACAUGCGUGAACCGGGAGACGCUGCCGUCCGGCUGCAUGACGAAUGUGCGAGGGUGCCGUCGUUGCGCAUUUCAGCCGUCGACCAUAACGCCAUCAAAAGUCGAAUCGACGAAUAUUCCUCCGUCUUGCCACGCGACUUUGUCUUUCCAUCUCGACAUACGCUCACCAGAUUUCUCGACGGUUACAUAACCGGCUUCCACGAGCACCUGCCAUUUCUGCACAUCCCCACCCUCAUUCCCGCCGAGCUCGCGCCCGAGCUCAUCCUCGCCAUCCUCGCCGUUGGCGCUCAGUACAGGUUCGAGAGCAAGCGUGGGUACGCGCUCUGGUACGCAGCCAAAGCCGUAACGGCGGAACAGAUCAGGAGGCGACACAGCUCCGAACUGCACGCCUUGUUGCCGACCGCGUCGUCAUACAGCCCGCACUCUACGCGGCCUUCACCCAGCAUCGGCUACCGCCAUUCGUUUGCGUCGGCACAGUCAGAAAGACCGACGACGCAGGAUACGCACCGCGAGCCGUACUCUCCGAACACGCCCCAGGCGCGGCUGGAAACGAUCCAGGCGGUACUCUUGCUCUUCGCCGUUGGCCUUUGGGGUGCCAAGACGAUCCUUCAGGACGCCCUGUCGCUGCAAAGCACGCUGGCAAUCUUGAUUCGCGAGGAAGGCCUGAGCGUCGAGACGAGGCAAGCGGUGAUGACGGACUGGGAGGCCUGGGUGCGGCUUGAGGGCGCCAACAGGACCAAGCUCAUCGCAUACUGCUUCUUCAAUCUCUGCAGUAUCGCCUACGAUGUGCCGCCGUCGCUCCUCACGUCUGAGCUGAACCUUUGCCUGCCCGUACGAUCCCGCCUUUGGCGCGCCGAGAGCGCGUGGCAGUGGCACGAACUCCGCCAGUCGAUGCUGCCCAUGGACGAGGUGACGGUUCACGAAGCCUUCUCGCGGCUCUUCAGCCGACCGAACCAGGGUCUUCCGCCGAACGUGGCGUCCUUGGGCCACUACGUGCUCAUGCACGCCAUCGUGCAGCACGUGUACCUUCUGAAGCAGACGUCGUUCUCCGCCGGCUCGCCCUUCGACAUGCAACGGGCAUUGAAAGCGGAAGACGUGGACGAGGUCACGCAGGCGCUGCGCGUCUGGCAGACGAGUUUCGAGCAGCAGCACCAUCUCAAGGCGGCCGAGUCGGGCCAGUUCAUGAGCGCAGAUUCACUGACGGGCGGGGCGCUGACGUUGAAUGCGACGGCCCUGUUGCGUCUCGCGUACAUUCGACUGUACACGGACAUUCCGGCCAACAGGUGCCUCGAGACGAGGGACUCGAUGGUGAUCGCGUCCGCCCUGCACGCGACGCCGUUGCUGCUACGGAGCGGGCGACUGCACAGAGCCGUCUUCCAAGCGGUGCACGCGUUGUCGAUGCUCGUCAAGGCGGGUGUCAACUACGUCGCGAGGGCAAAGUCGACGGAAUGGAGCAUACAGCAUUCGCUGUGCAACCUCGAGUGCGCUCUCCUGCUCGCGAAAUGGCUCCUCACGCUGGCGGCCAUGACGCCUUCCGACCCGCCGGCGACGGCGGAGGAGAGGAGCCUCUUGGAGAUGGUGCGGCGGAUGCUGGACGAGACGGAAUUCGCCGUGCCCGUCGACCCGUCCCUCGCGGGACCGAGCUCGACGACGCCACAGAUGGACAUGGCGACAGGCGACUGCGCCAAGCUGCGGCAGCUCGCGAGCGCCGUGGUUCGGCUCUGGGCCGAAACGUUUAAGGGAACGCAUGUGUUCGACCUGGUCCGUGUCAUGGGCGCGAGCCUAGAUGGGUACGCCGACCUCGUGGACAAGCGACUGGAUAGGAGGUCGAUCGGCAGGAUGGCACCCGAGGCGGGCAUGGGUUGA